UGGGCGCGCACCCAUGAUCGCGGGACCCACAGAGCCGCGUGAUUGGAGCCGGCCCUGCGACCCGAGACAUGGGCCAGACCUCGGUGUCCACGCUGUCCCCGCAGCCCAGCAGCGUUGAUGGUCUGGAUAAAGCUUCUAUAGCAAACUCAGAUGGCCCAACGGCAGGUUCCCAAACACCUCCCUUCAAGAGAAGAGGAAAACUGUCCACCAUUGGUAAAAUCUUUAAGCCUUGGAAAUGGAGAAAAAAGAAGACCAGUGAUAAAUUUAGAGAAACCUCAGCAGUAUUAGAAAGGAAGAUAUCCACAAGACAAAGUAGAGAGGAGCUGAUAAGAAGGGGAGUUCUUAAGGAAUUGCCUGAUCAAGAUGGAGAUCUAACAGUUAACUUUGAAAAUUCAAACGGGCACAUGAUACCCAUCGGAGAGGAAUCUACCAGAGAGGAAAAUGUAGUAAAAUCUGAAGAAGGUAAUGGCUCUGUUUCUGAAAAAGCGCCACCUCGGGAAGAAGAGGCAGAAGAUAAGAAAGAGAACACUGGAAACCACCCUGAAACACCGGCAGCUCCGGCUCCAGCUCCCCCAAAGCCUAAGCCCAAACCUAAACCCCCCAAAACACCGGCGCCUCCAAAAGGUGCCUCGGUGGGGGCGAGCCACAAGGGUGACGAAGUGCCUUCCCUUAAAAAACACACCAAGGCUCCUGGUAAACAGGCCCCCGUCCCUCCACCCAAGCCAACAAGCCGAAAUGCAACCCGGGAGGCUGCUGGUUCCUCUCAUUCAAAAAAGACAGCUGGCUCCAAAGCGUGCAGUCCUCCCUCUGCGUCAUCCACCUCCUCUCGCCCCAAAGCUUCCAGGGAGAUGGGUACUGGCAAACCAGGGGCAGCAGGCGUCACCAAGGGCAAGAAGAAAGCUGGCAAGCAGGCAGCCUCCCGAUCGUCCUCCGAGGUGGCCACCCCGGGGCCUUCCGAUCUUAAAGGAGAUCCUUCAGAGACCAGAGCGGAGAGUCGCAAACCUGACCAGACUGUCCCCGGGGCUGAGGAGCAGACCACAGGCAAAUCCAAGUCGGUGGUCCCUCCACCCCCGUUGGCUCCACCACCGCCUCCCCCAGCCCCUGCUCUGCCCCCUGAGGACCUGUGUGCUACUCCCUCCAAUACGCCUAUUGUCCUGGUCAGCAACGGGGCUGACCUGCCUGCCUCUGCCUUAGACCCAAGUCAGCUUCUUUGGACUGAAGAGACAGCCACUCUCCACUCGGGCACAGGCUUCAGUAUCAGCCUAGAGAAUGAGAGCGGUUUCACAACCAAGGAUGAGCUGGGAAAGGCAGCACCUCAGCUCCUGGUUCCUGGGAUGAUGGGCGAAUCUUCCGAAUCCUUCAGCGCCCCAGAGGAUGAAGGCCAAAGGGAACACCAGGCCAAUGACUCUGAUUCCGAUGGGCCGAUUUUGUACACAGAUGACGAUGAGGAUGAGGAUGACGAUGGCAGUGGAGAAAGUGCUCUGGCCAGUAAAAUCCGGCGAAGGGAUACUCUUGCUAUCAAGCUUGGCAACAGACCGUCGAAGAAAGAAUUGGAGGACAAGAAUAUCUUGCAGCGGACAUCCGAAGAAGAGAGGCAAGAAAUCCGACAGCAAAUUGGAACCAAGCUAGUCAGGCGACUUAGCCAGAGGCCUACUUCUGAAGAGCUAGAGCAAAGGAAUAUCCUCAAACAAAAGAAUACAGUGGCCGAGCUACAGGCACGAAGGAUUCUCCGGUUCAAUGAGUAUGUAGAAGUCAGUGACUCCCCGGACUACGACCGCCGGGCGGACAAACCGUGGGCCAGGUUAACACCGGCAGACAAGGCAGCAAUAAGGAAAGAACUAAAUGAGUUUAAAAGCACAGAAAUGGAAGUGCACGAAGAGAGUCGACAGUUUACAAGGUUUCAUCGCCCCUAAGGAAAUGCAAGACUCUGCUGGAGACCGAGAUUGAUCAUCUUUGGAGGGAAGCACCACUUCUGGAAACCUGGUAGCACCCCGGGAUUUGAAUGUGUUUUGGUUGAACUUAUGGUGAAGACAGCCUGUGAUCCAGCAUUGUUGGAAAGUGCUCCUCCCCCGUGCAGCCCAGAUGGAGCCCACAAGCCAAGGGAAGGAGGUGGCGGUGACCCUUGCUGUCCAGAAUGUGUAUUGAUGGUAAGGGACGUGGUGGUGACACCAGGCAUCCCUCAUCAUGAGUUUGAAAGACGAUGAGCAGAAGACAAUCACGGGCUCCCUGGGACCAGAAAGCCAAACCUGAGUGCGGGUUCAGAAAGAAUAGGGUAGAACCACCAGGUCCUAGUGAGGGGGGAGCAUCAACUAUCAGAAAAAGAAGAAAAGUAUUUCAUUAUGUUAAUGAAGACAAGAGAAAAUGAAAACCUAGUAUAUUUUUGAAGCAAGCCUUUGGUCUCUGAGAACUUCUUAUUCAGAGAUUUGGGAGUCGAAUCACCCCCAUGCAUUUUUUUAAAGACUUGAUCCUCGAGGGCUCUUCUUCACCCGCCAUGAUUUUAGUACAGUACCGGGUUGGUAUCGCACCAUGAGUUUAUGUUGUGCCAGUGAAUGCAAUUGCCAGAGACUAGUCUGUGUUCAUGGAUCCUUGUCAUAAAUGCUAGAGGCUUCCACGGACUUUAAACAAGCAUGCUUACAUACCCAGCUGCGUUGCAUGCUCUGAGUAACUUAACGAUCCACACUUUGUAAUACUCCUUACCUAGCGUAGCAGCCUUUUGCAAGAACAGCAGGACUGGGAUAAAGACAGCUAUUAUGUGACCCUGUAAAACUGUAGCGGGUUUUAGAAAUAAAUCUGUUGGUCUCUCUUCAGCUUGAUUAUCUCCAAAGGGGAAACAGCCAUCCUUGAUCUAAGGAAUAUGAUAGAGUGACAGUCACGAAACCUUUCAAACUCUGAAUCCAAAGUUAAAACAUAAACAAGCUAGGAGCACAGUGCCUGCAGUUAAUUCCAAGAGGGAACGCAAAGGACUGCUUUUCCCCUCUCCCACGGCUGCAUUAAGUUGGCUUCCUGCCAUUAUAAAAGAAAUU